CCACGUGUGUCCGGGCCGGCGCGUGAGUCACAGCAGUUUGAUUCACAUUUUCACAGAGUGGAGUUGCAAGAUGGCGGCCCGCUGGGGAACCGGUGAGGAGAUGUUAACAGCCUGUAAACUAGAAUAUUUCUCAUCAACGACUCUUGACGAGUCAGAACUACUACAGGAAGGUCUGUGCAGUCUGCAGCACCAUGGUCUGGACACUGGAGAUGCACUUGAAGCUCUACAUGGCUGUUUGGAUCCAACCAUUCUGUCAAUAUUUGAAGAUGCUACAAACGGAGAGGUUAAAACUGGUGUUGAUGAAGAAAGUGAGGCAACACUGCUCACAGCUCUCACGGAAAUACUUGACAAUGUAGAUGAUGAAAACUUAUCUCCUUUUGACACUCUACCUGACAUGGAACUUUUGCAAGGACAGAAGGCCCAUAAAGACCAUGAGCACUUACCUAGACAUGAUGGUGGUGAAGAUGAUGCUGCUUUUUUUUCUGAACUUGUACAAGAAUUGGAUGUUUCAUCUGAAUUAGACUGGUGCCUUCCCAUUUCCCUGGAGCAGGAUGGUGAGACUGUGUCUGUUACUCUGAGUGAUUUGGUCAAGCACAUGCACCCGUAUGCCAUGACUUUGUGUGUAGAAGGGGAGGAGCAGCUCCUGCCUGAAGAAGGAAUCAUUUUAGAGGUAAUGGAUAAAGGAGAACACGGAGAACCUAUUCUUGCUAUCCCAGACCUGAGCUUUCCCCUAUCUCUGGAUAGUUUAGAAGAUGAACAGAGUGUUCCAGAAAGCAGCCCAGAAAAGGUUACGAGUAAACAUGAGGGCACUCCAUCAGAGGCAGCCCUCUCUAAGGUUUUACUAGUCAGUGAUAACAAAGUGGAGAAUGUGAAAAUUAAACACUCUCGGAAAGAGUCAUCUGAAAAAAGACUCUCAAAAAAGAAAAAGAAAUGGAAAACUGAAAAACCUAAACCUGUUGAAGGAAGAGUGUUAAGGAGCAUGUCGCCUAAGGAAGCAGUUGAGGAACUGAAUAAGGAAGUGGAAGAACAGAAGAGGAAGAAAAAGGUUACAUUUGCACCUGCACUUACUGUAGAUGAGAAUAAGAAGUGUCAAGUUAAAUCAGAAGUUAAGACAAGUGAGGUACAGGAAAUUCCUUCUUCCACUGUAACUACCACAGCAAAUCAGGCAUUAAAUCAAGUCUGUACAGAUGUCAAAAAAUCACAACACUUGCAUGUCCCUGUGGAAAAAGCCACACCUAGUGAAUCACUUAGUGAUGAAUGUAGAGAAACUGCUCUGCCUUUAGAGCAGCAGCCUGGAGUCAGCCAGUCAAGUGAACCCAAGCAGAAAUCACUGAGUUUAGAACAGUACCGUCGUCUUCGCCAGCAGAAGAAACUGUCUCCUCCGGAGAAGGUAUGUGACAACAGCACUAAAUGGCCUAGUUUACCCGAAGCACCCAAGGAACUUCCUCCAAUCCCCUGCCUACCUGACCCCAGUGCUAAAGACCCACGUCGUGCAGCCCCCUCUCCUGUGAAAAAGGAGUUUGUCCCUGAAGUCAUGCCUGCCUGGCAGCCCAGGGGCCCUGGGGCACCCCCAACUCCUCAGGCUUUGUUGGUUCCACCAGCAUCCAUGUUGGCUGCAUCUAAAAAAACAGAGUCCUGUAAGUCCGUUUCUUCAGCUCCCACAAGACCCGCAGAAAAUUUAGCCACGUCCACAAGCUCCUCCACCCAGACUUCUCCCUUCAAACCACCUGUUCCAUCCCAUGUACCAGAGAACACUAUUCCCAACAAGGAAUCUUGGGCUGCUAAGCUGGCUUCAGCUGAAAUUACUCCACCACUAUCAAUGGCCACUACAGUUAGAGAAACUCAGCAUCACCAUGCAGCUGAGCAGGCAAAAUGUUUACAAAAUACCCCCUCUACUUCUCAUCAGGCCACAGUGAGUCAAUUAUCAACCCUCUCUAAGGAUCAAGAAAUCUCCCAAACUCAAGUUGUGCCUGAAAUCACGAUCACUACAAAACCUGAUGCCCCUAAUGCUUCUGAGCCUAAACCAGCAAAGCCCACUCAGUCAGUCAGCGCUACCAAGCCUACAACCGGGUCCCAGCGUCACGUUGCACCCAUAGCGCUUCAGCCUUUCUCAUCCGCUCCAAUUCAGGCCAGAAUUAUGAAGCUGGCAGAGCAGAUGAGGAUGGCUUCUGCAGCAGCAUCUAAAGCAAAGAACCCUACUACAGAGCUUAUAGAGUCCUUCACCAGUGAAAUUGGUAUUGAGGCCUCUGACCUCACCAGCCUUUUGGAGCGCUUUGAAGAGACUCAGACCAAAGAGGAACAGAAUGUGCCAGAGGUCUGUGGUAGAGCAGCUGCUGUAGGAAACUCCAGUGCGGAGAAACAUACAGAAACCACAGUGCUCAAAAAAGCUUGCAGUCCUGAUCUGGGUAGCACAGCAGGCCUUACUCCACCAGCCACACCUCCUCACCAGAUGUGGAAGCCCUUGGCACCAGUUGCGCUAUUAGGAAAGCCAAGCAAGUCAGAAAUGGCCAAAUCAACUCCAACUAAGGCCAUUCAAAUAGAACCACUGCCUUUACGUGCAAGCAAGAUCCAAAGCAAGCCCCAGACUUCUGUUACUCUUGGACAGAUCCAGCCUUUUUCUCUAGACCAUGAUUACUGUCUCCAUUCAAAGGAACCUUCCCAGAAUGAGCUGGGCAAUCUCUGUUCUGCCAAGCAACAACCGAGCAUCAUAAAGUCUACCGAGUUGCCAUCUGCAAAUAGCAAGACCUCUUCAGAGACUGUAUCUAAACUCCCUUCUACCACCUCCACUAAAGAAAGCUUUCAGGAAAAUGUCAAAUCUCAGACCGUUGUAUGCGAGAGGAAGGCCUUGACCACCACAGGCAUAGUGACUCCGGAUGCUUCUCCAGACAGACUGGAUUCAGAGAGAUAUUCAGAUCGUUCCCCCAGCCCAUGCCACCAAAAGAGAGGACGCACACAGAGAAAAUACAGAACCCGGUUACCUAGCAGAUCUAGAUCCACAUCAAGCAGUUCAGGAUCUUCUGUAUCAAGCUCUCCACCCAGGAAAAGAUAUCGAUCUCGCAGCACAUCUAGAUCUCCUUCAAGUUAUCGCACCCACUCCCGCUCACCAUCUCCUCGUCAGCGCAGAUACUCGUAUUCCAGCUCUGAUUCUUGGAGUCGAAGUCGUUCUCGCUCCCGAUCACAUUCUCGGUCUCCCUCUCACAGGUCUCACCAUUGGGGGACACGUCGCAGCCCUAACCAUAGAUCUAACUACUGCUAUGAUGUAAGACACCAUAAUGAAGAAGUAAGAAAACGCAAGGAGAAAGCUAUUGAGGAGCGCAGAGUAGUUUAUAUUGGACGCAUUCAUGGAAGCAUGACCCGUAAGGAGCUGAAGGAGCGCUUCUCUUACUUUGGGGAGAUUGAGGAAUGCACUGUACACUUUAGAGAGCAUGGAGAUAACUACGGCUUUGUCACAUACUACAACAAAAAGGAUGCGUUUAAUGCUAUUGAGAAUGGAAGCAAGCUGCGGCAGCCAAAUGAACUUCCAUUCGACUUGUGCUUUGGAGGCAGGAGACAGUUUUGUAGGACAAGUUAUGCUGAUCUGGAUUCAAAUGAUCCAAUGCCUGCGAAAGCCAGGGUUAAUGCACUAGACUUUGACACUUUACUUAAGCAAGCUCAGAGAAACUUGAAAAGGUAACACUUGAGGAAAAGAGGAAGACUGCAAUCACAUGUAUUACCUCAGUGCUACGCACAAACCUUCCAAGUGCUGCCAUUUAGUUAGUCAUUUUCUUUGUUUUUUCUCAUUUGUAUAUUGUUUGUUUGUUUUUUUCCUUCUACAAGCUUACACCUUCUAUUGAAGUGAAGAUUUGUAUGAAAAAUUAAAAGUGGAAAAAAAUGGAAUAACAUAAGUAUGUAAUGAAAUAUCAUGAUUUUUUAAAAUAAAGAAUUUAUUUAAAUGUUUAAGCUAAAAUGUUAGAUGCAUUUUAAGAACUGAGUUGAACAAGCCUAAUGCUGAGGAGAUGGAUUUACAUUGCUGAAAUGUAGCUCAGUCCAAAUAAACCCAUACAAGAACUUUCAU